AUGGCCGAGCUUUUCGACAUUCAAGAGCAAAUCGCGAUGAGAAUGGACUUACCGACUUUGAAGUCUUUUUCUGCAACCAGCUCCACUUGGUACAACUACAUCAAAGAUCACCGCGACAAGUUCAAGUUUGUAACUUAUACACUCGAAAACUCAAAUUCUCAUCUUCGAUACGAACUGCUCCUUUUCUACCUCAUACUUGUAGCUUCGUAGUUUGGCACAAAAUUGUGAAAAUUUUGAAUUAAUUGAGAAAUAUAUUACAGCCGCCUACCGAUCAGCACCCUGCACCUGAGAAGUAUUUACAUGGAUAUCAAUUACUACUCGGAGCCGCUACCGUUUGAGAAUCUAGAAUCGCCUCUGGGCGAUCCAGACUACAGUGUCAACAUCACGAAUCCGGACACCCAUUGCGAGUAUGGAGAAACACAAAACUCCUCGGAAACCGAGUUCUUCAACGUGAUCGUCGACCUACAGCCUGAACUUCUUUCGCUCAGCGUCAGAUCGGUGGUUAUCCCGACGAUGCCCGUUUGGUGGCUCUCGACUGUCCGGGAGGUUAGGAAAUGUGUCCACUGUGGUCGUUAGAAACUAAUAUCUUUCAAAACUAACAUGCUUAAUUUCCAAAAUUUCGACGAUUGAAUCCAAACUCAAAAAGAAACAGAAAGUCUUCAAGUUUUGCACUUUCGCAUCAAACUUUCAAAUUUUUAAACUUUAACCCGAACCCCCGAAAAAUAUACUGUGCACUUGGGCUUCCUUAUGGGCCAAGUUGAUGAAUGUCGAGUUCUUUAAACAAAUAAACAUCAAACAUUUAUACACAAAAACUGAGAAAAUUUCAGGUCAAGUACUUAUACCCGUAUCAAAACCUCGAUCUUCUUUACAUUUUGAGCUGUGCUCCAAAGGUUAUAUUUCUGAUAAAUAAGUUGUUUGUUUAUUAUUCUCGAUUCAGAUUCAUCACCUCGAUAUUAUGGCUUCAGCUGAAGACAUUCCCUACACGCCUCUGCAAGUCGUCAAAGCAAUGAACGCGAUAACGUUCUUAUCGUUAGUUUUUUGAUUAUCUCCAAAAACAAAACAAGGAGGCAAUGAGAGAACAGUGGCAAUCUGAAGAGAGGGCAGAGAAGCGGAAGAAUGUCUCUUUCUCUGAAGUCUCUCCAGGUAAACACUGCUCUGGUUGGAGUUUGCAGUAAACUCGAAUUCGUAGCCUCUAGAUUAUCGAUAAAUUUCUAACUAUUGAAAUCUUCAGAAACCAAAAAGAAAAAAAUGUUCUGUUGAAAUGACCCUGAAAAUCAUUCCAGGCUCCGAAGGACUGGUAGACGUCCGAAUGAGACAGAAAACGGAAACAAAGUUUUGGAGGAAGUGGCAAUAAAGUCACAAAAAGGCUUUGGUCUCUUCUUAUUGGAAAUCAAAAUGGUCGACUUUACCGUCAGUCCAAGGGCCGCGAUCCGCUUUUUCGAGGUUAAUAUUUUAAUCAACAUUAUGUUGAUAAAACAUUUUUUUUUGAAACUUGAGAAAUCUACAUUCUCUUUUUCUUUAUUAGUAAAUCUGAAUUACUUCAGAAUACCAAGUUCUACGAUCGAACCCCCUGCAAGGUUUACUUCUACAAGGUCGAAGGAGGUCGUGACGAGUUCUUCAGAAUACUGGAAGAGAAGAAAAACUACUGCUUUAGUCUAACCGAGGAAGGAUUUCUUUACAAACGUGACGGAGUAGAAGUCAAGGUUAGGCUUGUUGAAAAAUGAGUUUUUGAUGUGAAAUUUUCUCCAAUUUCCACUGUGUGAGAAUCAAUUGUUGUAUUUAUCCGACAUCUGUAUUAUCUAUUGAAACGCGCAAUUUUCUUAAAUUUUUUAAAAUCGUUGUAUAUAUAUCUCAAGAUUUUUCGAGAUUUCAUUUACUUGUUCUACUUGAGAACCAAUUAAGCCUCAGGGAUUCUUCAGUUCCAUUUAUGCAGUGAUCUUCCCUAACUGGUUCCAAUUUUUCUCUUUAGCUUUUCGAACACCUCCAACACUUUUAUGAUUUCUAUAAAGUUUUUUAAUUUGGUCCUUUUUUUUCUUGAAUAAAUCUUCCUUUUUUCUCAACUAUCCUACUUUUUCCAUGAGUUUUAUGUUCAAUCAUUUUAUAAAGGGCUUCGAUCCAACUCGUGUUUAUCUAGAAAAAUCAAAAACUGAAAAAAAAAAUCAACAUAAUCAUUCCACGCUAGGCAGGAUUAUCAUAUUCGAGCUACGACUGGCCCAGCUGACCUCCUGUGCGCUGACCUUCUGAGAGCGCAGAAAAUCUGGAUUUGCAGUUUUUAGGAAAAAUUUUCUAUCCCAUCAUUUUCUGGAGCUCAAAUCGAAGUUUUAAGUUCCUCCUUGAGCGAAUGAAUUGAUUCUUCUGCUUUUCUGUGCUCUCGUUUUUAUAAUCGAUGAGACCUAAAAGUUCCACACAUUUCGUAUCUCUGUGAACAGGCCAAAAUAUCCGAUUUCUUCAAUAUUUCUCAAGUUCAACUUUCAGUCGCAGUACGGUCGGCUUCUUGUCGUCGAGAUCCGUAUUGCACAUGAAGUUCGUAGACGGAGUGUCUCUCCCUUUCGAUCCUAACAAACUCGACGUCGCAAUGAAAACGGCGCCAUAUUUGCACUUUCGGUGGAAAACUGAGUAUCGUCUCUGAGAGAUCUUUUCUCGGCUUACUCUCCGGCUAUGCGCCCUUUCACCUUCGUCUCAACGUGUUUCAGGAAAAAAAAAAGAAAAUUUAAAGAAUGUUCCAAAGUUCGUUCCGCCUCUCGAUUGGUCAACAACCCCUUCUUGAAAACUCUUUAUCGAAUCAUUGAAUCUCAAUAUCUUUCCUCAAGGAAAUGAAGACAUCUAAUAGUGGAGCAAAAGUUAAAUGUAAACAGAUGAGAAACUUUGAAACGGACAAUCCAAAUCUAGUGUUUUUUGAAAAAUUUCGAAAUUUUAUGAUGAAAAUGAACCCAAAGGUUGACAGGAACGCUGAAAAAAAUUAUUCGACAAGACUGGAAAAAAAAGAAACAUCAAAAAAUUUCAGAAUUCCUGCUUUUUUUUGCGAAUUUCUUGCGUUUCAAUUUCAAUUCAUUUACUUUUUUCGCAAUAUCGGAAUGGUAUGGUGAUGUUGCAGGGAGGGAAAAAGACCACUAGGUGGAUUAACUAAAAAAAAACAAAAUCUUCCAAAGCUGGGAGAAAUUCGACUUCAGAAAAUCUCCGGAGAUCAAUUUUUCCCAACUCCUCCCUCUACAUAUCAAUUCAAGAAAAGAAAAAGUUCAGAGUCAACUAAAUUACUGAGACUGUAAAUAAAGGACAUAUAAAAUCAAAGUUAUUCUUCCCUUCUUCUGCUUUUCAAUUGAGUAAUAACGCCUCAGAGUUCUUUUUUUUUCAUAGGAAAAAUGAAGAUCAGAAUGAUCUUUGAGUCGUUAUAAAUUUCCUAGACAAAAAGUUUUAAAAAAAAUUGGCUUACCAGCGCGUUCUCGUUAAUUUUUAGCAUAAGACUUGCCUAUCUAAACUUUCCUUUUUCAAAAGUCAUGAAACAAUUUUUUCUCUAAGAUUUCCUUUUUUUCCGCUAUUACUUCCUAGUGGUUGGAAAAAUUCCAAAUUUUAGCUGAAAAACUUGGUUAUAUGAACUUUCUUUUUCAAAAAUAUCAAAAAAACUCAUUUCAAAACAUUUUUUUCUCUCAUAUUCUCUCUUUUUCUCAUUGGUAAUUCCUAGAAAACGGAAAAACUUGGAAACUAAUUAAAUAAUCAUCUCGCCUAGGGAAAUAAUAACGCCCCUCAGAUUGUCGUCCGUCUACAUUCUUUUCUAUUGAAAUGGACGACAUCAACAAGUUUGUAUUUAUUGCGAUCCACACAGUUAUCGGGUUGAGUGGAUGUUUUUUGAAUCUGACUUUGAUUUUUCUCGCCGGUUGCCAUUCGCCGAUAAAAAUCCGGAACUAUGCGACGCUAAUCUUGAAUAUUGCCUUCACCGAUUUAUUUUCCAGCAUUGCUGAUAUUUUCACUCAACAGAGGUAGAAAUUGAAAACCUAACUGAGGGGUUUGAAGGGGCCAAAAACUCACAAUUUUUUAAAUGACUCAAAAUACGCUGAAAAAUUCUUUUGGCCUCGAGACCUUUAUGAAAGUUUCCAUGUUUUUUUUUCGAACUCUCUCGUAAAUAUUUUUCUAUCAGAUUGUUAAUAUACAUGCACAACCUCACUAACCGACAAAUUUGGAGGUAUUAUUGCAAAUUGAUGUUAAGCACAGACAUUUUUAUAGUGUGGUUAUUUCUCUUCGUAUUUUCAAGGCUCAAACAGAUCCGAAUUUCAUUUCUUAAGAUUAUUUCGCAAUUAAAAAAAACCUUCAAGUCUUAAAGCCAGCUUGAAAUCGAUUUUAGACUGAACUUUUGAUAAGGACCUUUGGCAUCAGAAAAGUUUAUAAUAUAUCAUAAGCAGCUUCAAAAAUACCGGUAACCUUUUUCCGAAAAAAAUAGAAAGUUACAGAAUGUUAUUAUUCGAACAAUCUUCCGUCUUUAUCUUCACCGGUCCCUGCCAAUUCCUCGGCCACACUUCUUGCUUCAUCGGGUAUGUUUUCACGUUCAAAAUUUGAACUAUUUUUUUUUAAUUCGCAAUUUUUUCAGGUACAACAUUAUGCUGCACUUUCUUACCCACUCAUUAUACUCAUUACUGCUCUCAUUUUCCUACAGGUACUACAUUCUAAUUAGUUCCACUCCGCGGCAGCAAACAUUGUUGUUAAUAAUUGCGUUGGUCUACACGCCUUCGUUAUUUCAAUUGGUGAUGGUUUGAAAUUUUGCAAAAACAGUCUUCAAAAAUAUUGAAACAUUAGUAUAUUUAUGCGAAAAUAUUCGAUUUUCCCUGAUCACUGUAGAAAUUUAGACCUCUAGUAAAUCUCUUAGCGGUUUGAGAAUAACCAUUCAGUUUGUAAAAUCUUGGUUGGAUCAUAAAAAUGAUGACAGGUGUAUUUUAAGAAAAGGGCUUGAAAAAUUGUACAAGCAAAACUUCAUAGCAAUCUACAGAUCUGUGAUUCUAUUUUAUGUCCGAAUAAUGAAAAUUAAGUAAAAAAAAAGUCCGAAACAGGGAAUUCUCGGAAUUUCCGUUCGUUUCUAGAAAGAUUAUCGAAAAAAUUUUAACUUUUCUUUCUUUGAUUUAAAAUUGUAGAUCACGUAGUUGGAUUUUACUUAAUCGUUUAUUUCAACCAAAAAACAAAGGAACUACUUUCUCAGACCCUAAACGAGAGCCAACCAAAAGACGAACUUUCCCACCGAUUUUCCCGACUAAAACCUAUUUCAGAUCGUCUCCAACACAACGGAAGGAAGCCAGGAUUUCUUACAAAAGCUGAUCAAAACUCGGUACCCAGACUUCGAGCCAGGAAAAACAACGAUAAGCGGCGUUGACGAUUUGAACUCAUUUGGACCGUUAUUUAUCAUGUUUCACGUCUCGUUUCCAAUAAUUCCUGUUUAUAUUCUGAUUCUGUUGAUUCGGCGGAAGAAUAAUUAAAAUUCUUAGAGAAUACCCAAUGAGUACCGCUACACGGAUCCUCCAUCAGCAAUUUAUUAGGGUAAGUUUUUAGAACAAUUGGAAGGGUCACCACAGUGUUUGGCAAGACGUCUUGCUAUUGAUCUUUUUUCGCCUUAUUUAGUAAAUUAUCAACUAUAAAAUAGGUCAAAAACGAGAAGCUAAUGUUUGUGAGGCUCAGAAAUCAAGUGAUCUCAUUUUUUGAAACUUAAGAAAUGUUGCAAAGUUCUUCAUGCGUUAAAAAAGAGCGUACCUGUUUUAGAACUGAAUUUCGAAGCUGAAGUCCAACUUUCAACAAACCGAUUCAUUUUCCGUGCAUUGAUAAGAACCUGGAAAAUUUCCGCAUGAUCAAUAAAAACUUAUUUAUUUAAAAACGUAUCGAAAUCGAUUCCAGUAUGCGUAGAACGUGUGAGACGAAGAUGGAAAUAGACUCCGAACUGAAAAAAUAGAUGUUGAAAAUAUAUAAAAACCAAAAUAUAAAAAUGCUGAAAAUAUAUAAAAACCAAAAAUAGUAGUAGAUUAUACUUUUGAUGGAAUUUUUUUCCAGGCCCUCACUUAUCAAGCCGUGAUCCCGAGCUUCUUUUUUAUCGCUACCGUCUCUUUCAACAUCUUGAAAUUCGAUAUUUUCCAUCACCCCGCUUUGGAAAGUAUUGCCACGUUAUUUCUAGUCAUUAUUUGUGUGUUAACACCGAUUACAUCGUUUUGUUUUGUUGGACCUUAUCGGGAAAAGAUUUUGAAACAUUUGGGAAUUCGUUGUUUUGAUUCAAAUGCUGUCCUCGUGAGUAUGACACGUAUUUCAAUGAAAAAUUUGAAAUUAAAAAAAAUUUAAUUUCAAUUUUUUUCAUUGAUAACCUCGAAUAAAUAGCCAUUUUUUUUCCUGAACACCGGAAAAAGCCGUCUAGAUUUUUUUCAAAAAACAAAAAAUCGUAGUCCUGAGAAAGUGGGACCUUUGAAAACUGAUUUUUAGCGUUCCCAGAAAGAAAAUUUCAACAAAAUACUUGGAACAUUGUUCAUUAUGCCAAUCCUUUGACCCUUGCUCGAAAAAUUACUUCCUGUUUCGUUUUUGAAAAAGUUGAAAGAAGGUUAGUUAAACUGAUAAAGUUCGUUUAUGAUGUAUGACGGUCACGCUCGUCGUUUCCUCUCAAUUCAACGAACCGAAAAAAGCUGCUUUUCAGUUUCGAAAAAUUGAAAAAGCCGCGAACUUUAGUUGGAUGUAAAAUCGCAUUUUGUAUUUCAAAAUAUUUAGGUCACGUUUUUCAAUUUUCAGUCGUCAAAACGUCCGAUUUUUUUUAAAUGUUGAGUUUUCCGAUUUUCGACAAGACCUUUUCACUGCUGAACUCGAAAAAAGUUGUUGGUAACAGAAAAAAUUCGAAUGGAAAUGCCGUGGUUAUACUGUGAAUGGAUCAGAGCGUCGCGGUCGCGCUGCGGUUCGAAACUUAUCUUUGUGCUUUUCUUUGAGGGAGUCGUUUAGGGUCAGGCACGUUGAAGCAAACGCUUCGAAAGGCAGCCAUUCCACAUGCGACCAUCGGCUUCCAAAUUCGCUCUUUUAUUUGUUUGUUUAAUGUUCCUUAGAAGCCACCCUCUCAAAGUUCACAGACGCUCUUUCCCACUACAUUGCUUAUCCCAGAAAAAGAAAAUAAACAUUUUUUUUCUAAAGCCCAACUUUUGGUGCCAGCCAGUCUAGGAAAUCAAAAUUUCGCACGACACUACAACCUACGUAAUUCAUUAAAUUUAAUGAGCAACAGUCCCCCCUCCCCCCUCUUAUAGGUGUUUUUUUCAUUCGGAUGGCCUUCCAUUCGAUUAGUCACUCUUUUUCCAAUUCUCAAUGCGCUGGCAACAUCGAAAAAUACGAAUUUUUUUUAAAAGAAAAAAAUUGAACUUUUUAGUCGUUUUUUUAAAUAACUCAAAAAAACCUGAUUUUUCUUUAUACUUUGAUUAUUGGUUUUCAAAGCACUCGAGAAUUUUCGAAUCAUCUGGAAAAAGUUCUUAUUUAGACAUAAUUCAGCGUUAACUCUCAUUUUUUUCCAAGUCGAGUCAAGUGCCUGCAGAUGUAAUUUAUUCGAAAGGUCAUCGAAAAAAAUAGGUUUUUUUAGUUGAUAUUAAAAAAAUCAAACGGAAUUUAUCGCCUUCUAAAGAUUUGCUUUCCUUAAAUUUUUACGAAAAUAAUUUCAUGGGUUUAAAAGACGAAUUGAUGAAGACAAAACUAUUUUUCGAUUCAAAACUUGAUAAAUUCUUAUAAUGAAUAUCAUCUUUUUGAUCCCCAUACUAAAUAUAAUCUUUUAAAAAGUUUUCAACUAUUAAACAUUUUCCAAGAUCUGGUAUUUUCAAAAAUUUCAACUUUGAGCAAAAGCUCCCUAUGAGUUUUAAAAAAGACAAAAAAUAACUGGAUCGUAGGUUCAAGGAAUUUCGAUUCGUCUAGAAAUUAUUCUUUUCACCCUCAAUCCUUUUUUAAACUUUAUUCUUUUUUUUAAUUACAUACUUCUGCAUCAAAUUUUCCAAGUGUUCAAACGUCAUUGAGGGUCGAUUAUAGGUGUUGAAAAACACACGAGUUUAUUCUUUGUACUUUUUUAGAAAAGGUCAAAUUUAACAGUUUUGGUCUUUAUUAAUGCGCUGGUUUCCCUUUUUUCAUUCAUUUCUAAGAAUCAGAGAGAUAAAAUCGUGUUCCUAAACAGUUUAUCAGUUCCAAAAAUAUAGUCAAUGUGUUUCUAGCAUUAAACAGUUCUGUUGGGCGUAAUUUUCGGCUUAAAUACUUCCUUGAAAUUUAUACAGCCUCUUUUCCAAUAGUUCAUCGCAAUUCGACAGUCUUCAAUACUUAAAACUAAUUUCUUUUUAGUUCCUUUUUCAAAUACCUUUCUGAGAAAUAAUCUUCUUUGAGAUUCCGCGCCAAAGUUUCCCGCGAGAAACCCCGCCUUUUUCUAAGAAUUACAAAUUUCAGAUGAAAUUUGUCCAACCGUAGCAAAGUCUAGAGUGAAAAAACAGCUUGUAAUCAAUUUUAUAGUGAAUCACAAACAUUUCGGAUCUUUUUACCAAUCAAAAAGCAGAUAACGAGUGUUUUCAAGUGGAAUUGAACUUUUAGAUACUCUCAACAACUUUCUUGUCGCACUUUUGGCUUUUCUUUUCGAAUACUCUGUUCUUAAGUUGAUUCAUUACAGUUUUCGGCGUAUCAUAGGUAGGAUUUGUAACUUUAUUGCAGUGAUAAUUUAAACACAGACUACUUUGAUCAACUCCAAGAGCUUAUAUGGAUGAACUAAACGAUUAAAAACCAGAAAAAAAGUCUUAUUCAGAAAUGGACACGACUCGGAUCGUUUUCAUGGCAAUCCACACGUUUGUCGGCCUUUCCGGCUGUAUUUUCAACUUGACAUUAAUCUAUCUGGCAUUUUUCCACUCGCCGAGAAUGAUUCAAGCCUAUGCUACCUUGAUCAUCAACUUUGCCUUCAGUGAUUUCCUAUCUUGUGUUGCGGAUAUGUUCACUCAACAGAGGUAAAUUCAAAGGCCUUGUUGCAAUAUAUUUUUCAAUAUUUUUCAGAAUUAUACCCAUAGAAAAUUCUGCUCUUCUCGUUUCAAAUGGUCCUUGUCAAUUUUUCGGCCGUAAUUAUUGCUUUUUCGGGUUAGUUUCUUUUACUUUGGUUGCAUUUAAAAUGACUCGAUACGUUGCGGUCGCGUCGCUUUUAGCCAUCAUUUGUGAGACAAAUAUGAUUUUUCAGUUACAACGUCAUGCUUCACCUUCUAACGCAUUCUUUAUACUCCUUAUUAUUAUCGUUCUCAUACAGAUAUUAUAUUUUAUCGCAUACUUUCCCCAGAAGACGGAACCUAUUGAUAAUCAUCGCCUUUGUGUACGCUCCAUCGUUAUUCCAACUGGUAAGAGAAAAAAAAAUCUUAUAGUCUGUGUGCCACGACUUGAAGUUUCACGGAACGACAAUCUGCUGUUCCGCUGCGCCUCGAACCGUCUUUGCGAACCUCGGUCUCGCUUUGAAUUGGUUCUCAUUGCUGAUAGAUGGACUGUUUCACUAGGAACACGUCUUGGUCGAGUUUUCAAAUAAAAUGAAAAAUUAAAGGCGCGCAAAAGCACGCAGCGGAACAGCGGAAUGUCGUUUGGUGAAAUUCCAAGUCAAAGAUUAUAUACGGAAAAAAUAUGCUUUGAAAAAUGUGCUUCUCGAGUUUAUCGCUUUGAGAUCAGUUAAAGAAGAUAAGUUUGUAGUUACCGUUCUUAUCGUAUUAACCUACGAUAUGAGCUCAUCGUGCUCCUUUCUGAAGUUCUCGUUAAUCAACAAAUAAAAAAAAGCUUUGAAUGACCUGCUCGCGCUCUAAUCCCCCCAAUGUCUUCAGAUCGUAUCCAACACAACUCAAGGAACUCCCGAGAAACUCGAGCAACUAAUGCACCGUCGGUAUCCAGAUGAAGACACCUCAACUUUGAUGAUAAGCGGAAUCGACGACGUUACCACUUUUGCUGCGACUUUUACGACACUGCACAUUACAUUCCCAAUCAUUCCGAUAUAUUUUAUAAUUCUCUACAUUCGUGGGAAGAUUAUCAAAACUCUGAGCUCGAACAGUAUGAGUAGCACCACUAGGAGCUUGCAUCAGCAACUCGUGAGGGUGAGUUUUUAUGUUUUACCUGACCGCACGUAGAACGGCUCGGGUAAUUUCGACUGAACGAAAAAAAUCUUGCGCAAAGCGUUAAAGCAAUCUCUUUCUUCAUCACUUCGAGCCAUUUCACGUGUGACCUUUUUCUAGCUACACACUUUUCUGAUUUCAGUUCAAAUGCCUUUUUUCAGGCUCUAACUUAUCAAUCUUGUAUUCCAUUCUUCUCCAUAAUAUCUGUAUUAUCUUUUGUCUUCGAGCAAUUCAAAAUCAUGGACCAUCCGGCCCUCGAAUAUAUGACACCGUUUUCGUUAAUGCUAAUCGCCGUUUUCACUCCUGUGGCCUCUCUGGUUUUUGUAGGACCGUAUCGUAAGAAAAUCUGGAAAUCCAGCUCAAGAAGUUCGGUUGUUGUAGUCAGCGCUACAGUGCAAGUUGCAUAGAAGACUAGAAUUUGAAACGCCGUGGUCGCAUUUGGAAUGGCUUGAACCGUCCAAGAAGAGUCCAGUAGAGCAAGUUGCUUUGAGUCGGGCGUUUUUUAUUCAGCCGCGACGCGUUGAACCAUUCUAAAUACGACCAUGGGAUUUGGAGUUGUCGAAUUUCGAAAUAUCAACUAUUAGUUUAAUUACUGAGAGUUUUUGCAAUUACGUUUUUGAACGUUUUUCUAAUCAAUUUUCGGCUAUUUUUUUGAGGUCCAACCUCCAGUUUUUUUCAAUAUAUAUAUGUAUAUAUCUAUGCUCAAAUGAACUGUAAGUUUUGAAAACUCGAUUCAUGUUCCACAGUUUUUUUCUUUUUAUUAUUGCUUUUUUUGUAUAUUUCUGUUCAUUUUUGUUUUAUUUUUUUAUUUUAUUAACAUCCUGAUACCUCAUCCAAUCUUCCACUUGUUCUCGACUCUCUAAUUUUAUCUGUGAUACUUUCAUUGUUUUUUUUGUCCAAAUUUUAUUUGAAAUUUUUUUCCAAUAAAGGGACCAGACCAUUGUUAGUACGAAAAAAAUUUCCGAAGUUUUUUUUUUGCGUUAUUUCCGAGUUCUGCUACAAAUUUGCUUCAUGAACCAAUUCAAAUACGGUACUUUCAGAAAGUAUAUGGACAUUUAAAGUCGACGCUCAAAAUUUUUGCCGAACAGAAACUACUUAAACUGCGCACAGUGAAAUACCUAUUUUCAGCUUUUCUAAAAAAAUGAUAUUCUUUUUUUGUUUUUUUCACCAUAUUUUUUUGUCUGAUGUCAAGCUCAAAAAAACUUCAUGCUGAACAUUUUCCUAGACGUCCUCUUCCGCAAAACAGCACGCAUGACCGGCUCUGAUAAUCAGGUUCCGUAUUAGUUUCCAAAAACAUUCCAAAAAGGCCUCUUUUUUUACGACUAUUCAUUUUGAAAAAAAAUAAAAUAAAAUUUGUAUGUAGAGGGCGGAUCUACGCUUGAAAGCCAAUCUCGUUAAUUUCCGUAAAUUGGGAGCCUGGGAAGUUAUUCUUUCACUUGAAAUGGACAAUAUCAAGGCGAUUUUCAUGACAUUUCACGUCAUAGUGGCCGCUUUCGGGUGUUUUGUCAACAUAUUCUUGAUCUAUCUGGCCAGAUUCCAUUCGCCGAAGAAAAUUCGAACCUACGCUACUUUAAUAAUGAACUUUGCUUUCACCGACUUUUUGUCUUGUUUGGCCGAUAUAUUCACUCUUCAAAGGUAAUUUUAAAAAUUUGUUCAGAACCAUCAUUUAUUCAAAGGGCAUCUGCUAUCAAAAAAAAGUGUAGUUGAUCAAAUUGAGAUCAUAACAAGCCCUGGAGUCUUGCUGGAGCCCGGAGACCGUGUUCUCGGUGAAAGCCUCGAAACUUGAAAGAACUUUUAUUCUCCUAACUUUUUUCGAAGUUUUUAGAUCAGAUUCACCUAGGAACAGUAAACCUUAAUAUCUUGUUCAGAACAGUACCAAUCGAGCAAUCGGCCGUCAUUUUCUUGUCAAAUGGCCCUUGUCAAUUUCUCGGCCACACUUAUUGCUACAUAGGGUUCAGUUUUUCUUAAUUUUCUUAAAAUUUAAAUUAAUUUACAGCUACAAUUUUAUGUUGCAUCUCCUUCUCCACUCACUUUAUUCCUUGUUAUUUUCCUUCUCCUUCAGAUUCUAUAUCCUUUUCCGGGACGCUCCCAAAACGCGGACAGUUCUUGUAAUACUACUAUUUGUUUAUUUCCCGUCGUUUUGUCACUUGGUAUGUUUUCUGAAGUUAUGGGAAGUAGCCUUGACUUUUGGAAUUGGAAUUUGUAGCUCAUGGGGAAAAUAUACUCUGGUCUAGACUCUAAGCCGUCAGUUUGGUAGGUCUACGAUAAAAUUUCUACGGGAAAAAAUUAUAUUCCAUUCAAGCCAGAAUGAAAACUGUCUGACCUGUCUGCGCUCUCUUAUUUUUGAUCAUGACCCACGCCGGUGAGAGAAAAGAGAGCUUGGACAGGCAGAAUGUCUCAAGACACGUAAAAUGAAUGAAAUCUCAAAAUAGUGGAAAAAACUGGCUUUCACAUAUCUCAUUCGCUAAACUUGAGAAAGUCUGAUUUCUUUGGUCUCUCGUCUUUACAAAUUAUUUUCAUGUUUUUAUCACCGCUCUAGAGAGAGAAAAGAGGGCGCAGACUAGUUAGACUGUCUGUAGUCUUGUAGAAUUUCUUAAUAGCCCAAAGAGCAAAACAAAUUAUUUUUGUACUUUUAAGAGUUCCUAAAGAUUUCGAAACUAUACUCUAUUCAGAUGAUAUCCUCCUCAAUCCAAGGACCUACCGACCAAGUUUUGGAUAUUUUAUACGAACACGACCCGGGUUUCAAAGCUCGUUACGUGAUGGUCAGCGGCGUUUCGGAUAUGACAACUCUUGGGGCCGCAUUUUUCGUUUGGGACGUCUCCUUGCCCAUUAUCCCCAUCUACAUUACAAUUCUGAUAAUUCGCUCGAGGAUCAUCAGAAGUUUGAGUUUCUACAGUGCGAAUAUGAGCUCUGAGACGAAAAACCUGCACAAACAACUGUUGACGGUUCGUUUUAAACUUUGAAGUUCAAGAAAAACUAAUUUUUUUUCUUUUUUUCUCCGAAUUUCCGUACGGAUCAGGUGGCCAGAAAUUUACAAACUUUUCAUCACGAUAUAAUGAAAAACUCACAAAAACCCAUAGAGGCGUCGACCUUUCAUCUCCGGAUUGCUGGACGAGGCCACUACUCGUUGAGCUACCGGUAUUUAUUGCUCUGCCAGGCAAUUUUACCCUCAGAAGUGCUGAAAGAAAUUUGAUCCAACUCGUUUUCCAAUUUUAAUUUUUCUUCUCUAUCCAGUCGGAUUUAGUUUGUCAGCCGCAUACGUUGACUCAAAAUGAUUUUUUUGAUUCCGAGGCUAGCUUGGCAUUUUUAUGCUUUUUUCCCACCACGCGACAGUCCGAUUUUCUGUCUUCAUUAAGAAUUAUUGAUUUAUUCAUUGAAUUCGCUCCGAUUUCAGGCUCUCACCUACCAAGCCUGCAUCCCGAUCUUCUUCCUAAUCGGAGUAGUUUCUUUCACUUUGGAGCAAAUGAAAAUCGUCCGUCACCCCGCUUUGGGCUACACAACUGUCACUGGACUUAUGUUGAUUUCCGUCUUAACUCCGAUGGCUUCACUGAUUUUUGUCCGACCUUAUGGGGAAAAAAUCAAGAAAUCUCUUGGAUUUAGCGCCGAUAAACCUUCAGUAAUUGUCGUAUCCACUACUAAUAAUACCAUGACGCUUACCUAAUCUUUUUCCCGCUUUGUACUAUUUUUUACGUCACUAAAAGUAAAUUCUGCUUUAAUCCACUUGAAUAAAUUUUGGAAACAAAGUUCAACGCAUUUGGAAAAAAGUGCAGCAACUUACACAAGGUUUUUCAUUCGAAAUGAAAGCUUCAAAAAAGGACUUUUAAUUUCUCUCGAAGAUGAAGAAUCGUUUCUAUUUGGUUUGAAAAAAAAUUGAAAAAAAGCAGAUAAAGAGAAAAACCGCACAAAUCAUACACAUGGUUCACUGAUUGAACCAAGUUUUCAAAAAAAAAAUAAAAAAGUAUUUUAAAUCUUCUAGCAGAAUCCAAGGAAUUAGGCCGCACAAGGGAUAUUUCCGACUAAUUUCGAAAAUCAAGAUAAUCAUGGUUUUCGAUGAUUCAGAACUUUUCAAAGUGCAUAUCUCAGGCUGCAAAUUUCGAAAAAAAUUCAAACCUUCGAUUAAAUUUCAAAUUUUUUUAUAAAAAAAUGAUUUUUUUGAUAGUCAAUUAAAAAGCUAAAUACACUAAAAAUGACCACUACGGCUUUGAACAGACUCGCAAAAAAAUAUGGGACACAACUAGGCUUUUUUUAUGAUUUCGAGUUAAUUCUCUUCGAAAUUUCUAGGAAAGAUUAAUCUUUUUCUAUAAAUAUACCGAUUGUUUUUCAGCUUCUGUCUUUCCGGAAAAAUAAAACUUGCCCUAGAGCGUGUCCUUUGGUAAUUUAUGCCUAAUUGUUUGCGAUUUGUGUAGGGCCUAUAAAUAAAAAUGGGUUUGAGUUCUUCAAAAGCUCAAUUCCCUUUCUCUUAUUUUUUGUGAAAUUUCUGAGAAACUCCACAAAGUUUCAAGAUACAUCAUUACUUUUUCAUUUUCCAAAUGAUAUCAGUUUUGUUAUUCUCUCGGUGUUGUUUUGACUUCUGCUCGUGUCAAAAUAAUUAAAGAAGGAAGACAAUUUUCAAUUUUUCAAGAAAAAAUGGGCAUGAUAACGUUGAUAUACACAACGUUCCACUUUAUCGCCGGUUCGCUUGGGUGUCUUUUUAAUGGCGUUUUACUGUACCUCGUUAUUCUCUACACUCCGAAAAAGAUUCAAACUUAUGGAACGCUCAUCGUCAACUUUGCAAUCGCCGACUUUCUGUCCUGUAUUGCGGAUAUUUUCACUCAGCAAAGGUAUUUUUGUGAUCAGAGCCUUCCAAUAAAAAAAUUAACAUUUUUUUCCUGUAUCUUCGGAAGAUUUUCUAGCUUGGGAAAAAAAGUUAGUCUAAUUUGAACCCCUUGAAUGGCAUGAAAGAUUGUGCUUGUGGGGGAAGAGGGGGAAGAGGGGAAGGGGUAUUGGAGUUUUGAAGUUGAUACAUUCCUGACUUUUAAGCUUCAUAAUCCGAAAAAAAAAACCUAUUCUGCAAUCUGAAGGUCCUAAAGUACACUUCAGCAAAGUUACAGCAAAAGUUCAACCGGGGGCAAAAAAAAAGUUCUCUAGUUGACUCUUUUCGUUACUGCAUAAGUAGAGCAAAAGCGUUUUUAAGAUUAUUCAUCGAAUCACUGAAACGUAUAUUUUUCUUUAUAUUCGAAAAAGAAUGAUUUUGGUGAAAAAAACUGAUAACUAUCUACGAAUCAAUCUGAAAAAAAUUAUAAUAAUCACAAAAAGUGUUCUUCUUUUCUCAAGAUUCCUUCUCAAGUUCCAAGUUUUUUUCAGAACAAUGCCAUCUUCAACUUCUCUGAUCUAUGUCUCCUAUGGCCCUUGUCGAUUUAUCAGCCCUUCUGCUUGUUUUAUUGGGUUAUUAAACUUUAUUUUUAAAUAAACUUUCAAAUUUUCAGGUACAACUUCAUGCUCCACCUUCUCACCCACUCGUUAUACUCCCUACUGCUCUCAUUUUCCUACAGAUGCUACAUUUUAUUGAGUAUAGCUCCCAAGAAACGAGUCGUACUGAUAAUCCUGGCCAUUAUCUACAUCCCAUCCUGUUUUCAACUGGUUUCUCUUAAACUUUUUGACAAUUAUUCGAGGAUUCCUAACUUAAGGUGAACGCAAUCUUGGCUGAGAGUACUCCAGAAGAACUGGACAAAGUUAUGAAUGGCUCAAUAGAAUACGACACUCAAAAUGGGAUGGUCAGCGGAUAUGCGGAUAUUUCGAGUUUCGGAGCAACUUUCACUGCUUCACACGUUUCGUUCCCGAUUUUUCCGAUCUAUGCGGCGAUUCUUCUGAUUCGCAUGAGGAUCGUCAAGAAGCUCCGCGAUUUCAGUUCGAUUAUGAGCAACGAGACAAAAAAUAUGCACAAGCAAUUGUUGAAGGUUCGUUCAAAAUGAUAAAAGUGUUCAAAAUGAGGAAAAGCAAAGCAUCAACGGCCGUCCUUAGAGAUUAUAAAUGGGAAUUUUCUAUUCGUCUGUCGUCUUCUUAGAAUGCCGUUGAUAUCUUAAAUCUGAGCUUAAAAAUAAUUUGAAAAAGGCAAACAGUAAUUUCCUUAAGUUUUCUUUUCUAGUUUUGACAAACCGCGAACUAAAAAAAUCACGUAAGUAAUUAACAUGGGAAAAACUCCAGUUCAUUUGAGCAAAAAAUUUCGCGAAAUUUCAAAACUCAUAAAGUUAUCUUCCUUCUGGGUACAAGAUCCUUUACAGGCGUUGACCUACCAAGCCUGCAUUCCGAUGUGCUUCGCUAUCGGCGUCAUAACUUUCGCCCUCGGAAAACUCAACAUUUUCAAGCACCCGGCUGUCGAAUACACCACUCCCCUAGCUUUAAUGUGCAUUUCCGUGUUGACUCCGAUUGCUUCUUUGGUUUUCGUGAGGCCUUACAGGAAGAAAAUGGAACAGAUCUUCGGAAUUGGCUCGGCUAACUUGCGAACAGUCACUGUCACCUAUACGAAUCCCAUUUCGAGCAUUUAA